GUUGCAAGGCUCUCUGUUACUAGCGCAUCACCCAUUUGCACCUGCCUACUCCGUUGUUGCGGCUGGAGAGCUGGGAGGGGUCAUUAUUUCGCAGGCACCGUGGGAGGAGGAGGCAUUUCCGACACACCGACAAAAGCGUGUUGCCUCAGCUUCAGCACCACAAGAUUACGGAGAGCGUCCGACCGGAUAGUCAGUCACUCUCUGGGGGUUUGCUGAACAGGAGAACACCAUUUUUGGGGAGUACCUUGUGAAAUCAAGGACCCGCGCACAGUUUGACAACCUGCAAGAGGCGUCACCUCCACCAAUUCAAGACACCAUGACGACCGCCACCUCCCCUAUCCUGCUGAAAUGGGACCCAAAGAAUCUAGAAAUCCGCACCUUGACUGUGGAGAGGCUUCUGGAGCCCUUGGUCACUCAGGUGACCACUCUGGUAAACACCAGCAACAAAGGGCCGUCCGGUAAGAAGAAGGGUCGAUCUAAGAAGGCUCACGUCUUGGCAGUCUCUGUAGAGCAGGCCACCCAGAACUUUCUUGAAAAGGGAGAGCAGAUCGCUAAAGACAGCCAGGACCUGAAGGAGGAGCUCAUCGCUGCUGUGGAGGAUGUUCGUAAGCAAGGAGAGACGAUGCGAAUCGCCUCGUCUGAGUUUGCCGACGACCCGUGUUCCUCUGUGAAACGCGGGACCAUGGUGAGGGCUGCUCGCGCCCUGCUUUCUGCCGUCACCCGCCUGCUCAUCCUCGCUGACAUGGCCGACGUCAUGAGGCUGCUGGCCCAUCUUAAAAUUGUGGAGGAGGCCCUGGAAGGGGUUAAAAAUGCUACCAAUGAGCAGGACCUGGCCAACCGCUUCAAAGAGUUUGGAAAAGAGAUGGUGAAGCUGAACUAUGUGGCAGCUCGGAGACAGCAGGAGCUGAAAGACCCCCAGUGUCGAGAUGAGAUGGCAGCUGCUCGUGGGGCUCUAAAGAAAAACGCCACCAUGCUGUACACGGCAUCCCAGGCCUUCCUGCGCCACCCUGAUGUGGCAGCCACACGGGCCAACCGAGACUACGUGUUCAAGCAGGUCCAGGAGGCCAUCGGAGGCAUCUCCAGCUCCGCUCAGGCCACCUCUCCCACUGAGGAGAAGCACGGCCAUGCUGGCAUUGGAGAGCUGGCUGCUGCGCUCAAUGAGUUUGAUAACAAGAUCAUCCUGGAUCCACUGACAUUCAGCGAGGCCCGUUUCAGGCCCUCUUUGGAGGAGCGCUUGGAGAGCAUCAUCAGUGGUGCUGCACUAAUGGCCGACUCCUCGUGCACACGCGAUGACCGCCGCGAACGUAUUGUGGCUGAGUGCAAUGCGGUUCGACAGGCCCUUCAAGACUUGUUGAGCGAGUACAUGAACAAUACUGGCAGAAAAGAAAAAGGUGACCCGCUGAACUCAGCCAUCGACAAAAUGACCAAGAAGACCAGGGACUUGCGUAGGCAGUUGAGGAAGGCAGUGAUGGACCACAUCUCCGACUCUUUCCUGGAGACCAACGUCCCCCUCUUGGUUCUCAUUGAAGCAGCAAAGAGUGGGAAUGAGAAGGAGGUCAAGGAGUAUGCCCAGGUGUUUCGUGAACAUGCCAACAAGUUGGUGGAGGUGGCUAACCUGGCCUGCUCCAUUUCCAACAAUGAAGAGGGUGUGAAGUUGGUACGAAUGGCGGCUACCCAGAUUGACAGCCUUUGUCCACAGGUCAUCAAUGCCGCGCUCACCCUCGCCGCCCGGCCCCAAAGCAAAGUGGCCCAGGACAACAUGGACGUUUUCAAGGAUCAGUGGGAGAAGCAAGUGCGCAUUCUGACCGAGGCUGUGGACGACAUCACAUCUGUUGAUGACUUUCUCUCCGUGUCAGAGAACCACAUCCUGGAAGAUGUCAACAAGUGUGUAAUUGCUCUGCAAGAAGGAGACGUGGACACUCUUGACCGAACCGCUGGAGCCAUUCGGGGACGAGCAGCUCGUGUGGUCCACAUCAUUAACGCUGAGAUGGAGAACUAUGAGCCUGGGGUCUACACCGAGCGUGUGCUGGAGUCCAUCAAGCUCCUGUCGGAAACCGUCAUGCCUCGUUUUGCUGAACAAGUGGAGGUAGCCAUUGAGGCCCUGAGCACGAACCCCCCACAGUCAUUUGAGGAGAACGAGUUCAUUGACGCGUCCCGUCUGGUGUAUGACGGUGUCCGUGACAUCAGGAAAGCUGUCCUCAUGAUUCGGACACCAGAGGAGCUUGAAGACGACUCGGACUUUGAACAAGAAGACUAUGAUACUCGCAGCAGGACCAGUGUCCAGACUGAAGAUGACCAGCUUAUUGCAGGACAGAGCGCCCGGGCCAUCAUGGCACAGCUUCCACAGGAGGAGAAGGCGAAGAUAGCAGAGCAGGUGGAGAGCUUCAGACAGGAGAAGUGUAAGCUGGAUGCAGAAGUUGCCAAGUGGGACGAUAAUGGCAAUGACAUCAUUGUGCUAGCCAAGCAGAUGUGCAUGAUCAUGAUGGAAAUGACAGAUUUCACCAGAGGCAAAGGUCCGCUGAAGAACUCCUCAGAUGUGAUCAACGCGGCUAAGAAAAUUGCAGAGGCUGGUUCCAGGAUGGACAAACUGUCUCGCGCUGUUGCAGAUCAGUGCCCAGACUCAGCCUGCAAGCAGGAUCUGCUGGCCUACCUGCAGAGAAUUGCCUUGUACUGUCACCAGCUCAACAUCUGCAGCAAAGUGAAGGCUGAGGUGCAGAAUCUGGGUGGGGAGCUCAUCGUGUCUGGGCUGGACAGUGCCACCUCCCUUAUCCAAGCAGCCAAGAACCUGAUGAAUGCAGUGGUGCUGACUGUAAAGGCCUCUUACGUAGCUUCCACCAAGUACCAGAAGGUGUACGGAACCGCAGCGGUUAACUCCCCUGUGGUGUCGUGGCGCAUGAAGGCCCCGGAGAAGAAACCUUUGGUAAAACGAGAGAAGCCAGAAGAGUGCCAGACGCGCGUACGACGAGGCUCCCAGAAGAAACACAUCUCCCCCGUCCAGGCUCUCAGUGAAUUUAAGGCCAUGGACUCUUUCUAAAAAUAAAAAAAUAAAAAAGUGAAAAACACAAUAAAAUGGUGAAAAGUUAGUGGAAAAGUCCCUUUUUUGCAUUGUUAACCCACUUCUGUUUGCUGUGCGUGUUUGGUGACACCUCAGGAGGACUGCAGUACAUAUUAUACUGCCUAAAUGUGGCUCCUGUGAACACUGUGGUCCUCACGGCUCACAGGUGGCCGACACACCCAGUGGUAUUUAUUGAUCUUACUGUAGCUUACCGUGAAAAAGAGACAAACUCCGACUGAAAAUGUAGAAGUUCAAAAUAUAACAAAGGAGGAAGAGUGACACUGGGAAAAAAAAAAAGUGGCAGUCAAUACUUUAGCUAUCUCGUUACUGUGCUACUGACUGGCUGCUUGUGAACACACCUUAGCUGUCUGAAUGGAAACCGUACACGAGUAGAGGCGUUGUUCUGUUUGGAAGAUGUCGGUAUGACCUCUCUUGGUUUUUAUUUCUGUUUUGUUUCCAGUUUGAAUGUUAACCUGUAGCUCUAGAAUUAUCUUCUGUUAAAGAGAAUGGGAAGUGUCAGCACCCAAGUAGUUUCCUUCUUCAUGAUGAUUAUGAUAAUAAUAAUAAUCCAAACGUUGUUUUGUUUUUUACCAAAGCUAACUGAUGGUAUGGGUAUUCCCAUUUUAAAUCCCUUUUAUUUAAUGAUUUCUACACUAACUAUAAUGUUUGGAAGUUGUGUAGCGUAUACUAUAGACGGAGAGAUCUGGCUAGCUGUGGUUUGCUCUGAGAAUAGAAUCCCUGCAUACCUUUAUAAUCACCCUUCUCUAAUAAAUUCCUCAACUUAAA